AUGGUCUUCUCAAGACCUGCUCGCUCUAUUUUCCCACUCCUCCCUCCGUAUGGAGCCCAUGACCCAAAUGGAGGACGCGUUAUCCCGCUACACCCCGACGACACCACGCCGUAUAUGGGUCUACGAGCACGCCUGUCGCAGAUAUGGAUGAACAGAUGGACCAUUCUUCUGCUACUUGUACUUGUCAGGGUAUUAAUAGCAAUCGGGAGCCUCAACACAAAUAUGGAUUCGGCUAGGCGUGAAGCACUAUCCGCAUGCAGCUCUGUCGAAUCGAUGGGUAGCGCUAUGGCUUCAACUCCCCAUUAUCUAGCACGAGGCGUAAACGAACUCACAGCGUCUGGUGUCGAAAAAUCUGUUAGCGCUCUCAAAACAAUGCUCAUUCUAAUGGUGUCUGGUGUGGAGGAGCUUAUUAUAUUCGUCAUCAAAAUGAUGUAUCAGACCUACCUUUGCCUAAUUACCAUGGCUAUCCGCGGUACGGUUGACACCGGAGUUGGGCUGUUGAAAGACGCUGGCGACUUUCUGAACUCGACAAUAAAGUCUAUUGGUGACGAUAUUAGCGAUGUGGCCGACACAUUUGAAGAUGGUCUUAACAAAUUUGCUGAUACUAUUAACAGCGCUGUAUCUCUGUUUGGCAGCGACAAAGAGGUCCCUGAGCUGGACCUUUCAAGUCAAAUCGAAGAUCUUCAGAAUGCCCAUCUCCCUUCUUCCAUUGAUGAAAGCCUCGACAAGCUCAAUAGCUCGGUGCCCACUUUUGAUGAAGUGACAGAGUUCGUGGAGAACAUCAUCCGCUUACCUUUCGACGAAGUUAAGAAACUGAUGAACGAGUCUUUGGGAAAUUACACCUUUGAACGCAAUUCGCUGCCAGUUCCUGCGAAAAAGCAGCUGGCCUUCUGCAAAGGAAGCGAUGGAAUCGACUCCUUUUUCGACAACGUUGCGGGCAUUGCUGAGACCGCUAAGAAAGUCUUCAUUGCCGUGCUGGUGAUCGCAGCCGUUCUUGCUUGCUUCCCCAUGGCAUGGCAAGAAAUCCGCCGUUGGCGUUCUCAGAAGGAGCGCUCUCAGCUUGUCCGCAAGGAAGCCCACGACCCAAUGGACGUUGUCUAUAUCGUUUCCAGACCACACACCGCGGCCGUGGGAAUCAAAGCGGCCAGUCGAUUCAGCAACAGUCGCAGGCAGAUUUUAGUCCGCUGGGUCAUUGCGUAUGCUACCUCGCCACCGGCUUUAUUUGUCUUAUCGCUUGCCCUUGCUGGACUUUUCGCAUGCCUUUGCCAAUAUAUCCUUCUACAAGCCGUCAAAAAAGCCGUUCCUGAACUCUCAGCCGAAGUCGGUGCCUUUGCUGAAAAGGUCGUGGGUUCGCUUGAUGAAACCUCGGCGGAAUGGGCUGAUGGUGCUAACGGAGUAAUUGGCGAUAUGAACACCAACCUCAACGAAAAUGUCUUUGGCUGGGUCAAUACCACGACGACAGGUGUCAACCAUACUCUCAAUGUCUUCGUUGACAAGACCACUGGAGUUCUCAAUGAUACCUUCGGUGGGACUGUUCUUUACAAUCCGAUGAAGGAUGUUUUCGACUGCCUCAUCAGUCUCAAAGUCGCAGGCAUCCAGAAAGGCCUCACCUGGGUCCAUGAUCACGCCCAUAUCGACUUUCCAACUCUUGGCAACGACACCUUUUCUCGCGGCGCCGCAGAAAGCAUCGGUGACGACAGUUCAGAGAGCUUCCUCUCUGACACGGGCGACUCAACUUCCAACAAAAUAACGGAAGUUGUCGUCCGUGUAUUAAACGCACUCGAAUCCGGCAUCGCAACCGAGGCGCUCAUUUCCGGCUGUAUCCUCCUUAUCUGGGUUAUCAACCUUCUUUUCGGCAUUAUUCGCGCGCUCUCUCUGUUCGGCCGACGAGAACGCAAUCGUGGCGACGGAGGUGCUGGCCCCGCGCCGGACGCAUUUGGUCCUGACUCCAACGGAUUCACAGACGUCCCUCUCACGGCAAUGCCUGCCGAUACAAGCUCCAAUGCUCGCUCCCAGCCAGCACCUAAGUACGAGCCUCCGAAUAGGACAUUCGCAACUGCUGGUCCUCCCGCACCAGUGGCAGUGACCACAGAGACUGGCUACGAGGACGAGAAGAUGGGCUUUGCCGGACAACGGAAUGCGUUGAAGGUAUCAGUUGCAGACAUGCGUGGAAGCAGCUAUGCCGAGUACGGCAUGGAAAAAAGAUAA